UUAUCAGAAAACCCCCUCAAAUUUCCCAUUCCUCGCACUUGCGAUCCUUUCCUCUUCCUCCUCCCGUUCUUAUUCGGGGAAUUCGCGUUUCCUCCAACUUUCCAUUUCACCAACUCCCUCCUUGCGGCAAAAGCACCACCAAACCCUCGAAUCGGACACCAAAUCCCUUUUUUUCUGGGUUGCGUCGGCUGCAGGCGUCAUCUGAAAUCGAAGUCUGUUCAUGACAGGUUUAAAGAAAAGUUGAGGAAUUGUUCCUUAUUCUGCAAAGGUGGUGCUUAUAAGGAACCACUCCUCCUACCUUUGUUGACGGGCUAACACCAAAUGGCCCAGCUGUUGCACCAUCAGGACUCCGCGUUUUAUGGGAAGGAACUCCAUGGGCGCCGAUGGAGCAUUCUUCAGUUCUUUGGCUUCCGUCGCCGCCUGCGAUCCACUAAGAUGAUCUCUGACAAGAAACAGAGUCAGGGAAAAGGCAGUGGUGAUGAAAAAAUAAUUGUAGGAAGUAGACGCCGAGGUUCAUAUGUUCCACUGAAAGAUGAAGACACUAGUGUCAUGGACGAUGACAAACACACUGAGACAACAAAGAAAAACAAGUCUUCAAAAAAGAGUUCUGGUAAGGGAAGUUUGGGCUCCUUGAUUCUAAAAAAGCUGUAUGGAAAGGAAGGCCAUAAAGAAAAGAUGCUUCCUGUUGCACCGAAGCUACUCCGUACCCUUUCAAUACAUUACCUGGAAAGCAAUGAGUAUGUUCUUGAUGGUGAAUCUGCUUCCAAUGGUGAUGGUUCUUCACAAAGUAUUAUGCCAAAUUCCACAGAUACAAAUAUCCAAAAUGCUACAUUCAACACCCAGGAUGGUUGCGAUAAUGAUACAAGUUCUUCGCUUCUAAAGAGAGGUGACAUUCAUGUGAAACAAAGGAGCCACCGUAGCAUUUCAAUGGAUGGAGUUCUUCAUAAGGUCCCUUAUGGACAUAAGGCAUCUGAAGAUGUAAUUAAAGAAGGACUUUCCCGGUCAGCCUCCGCCACAUAUGACAGGGAUGGUUUGAAAUCUUAUACUGUAACUGCUGCAAAAAGACCUGUAAACCAAGGUUUUCGGCGUUCACGUUCCCUCACUGAAUCAUUGGAGAAAUAUUCUCACUUGCUGGAUUCUAUUUCAAGCAACCAGUCGAAGAGGACGCUGACAAGUUCAAAAUCUACUAGGGAUCAUUCUUUGGAUGCGCCUGCUGUGAUGACUGGGUUGCAGAGUUUGGUUAUGACUGCUGAAAAUCUCGUGAUCCCAGAACAUGCCUUGGCACCAUAUGUUCCAGAGAGAAUUAUUGUGGAUGGAGAUGUGGAUGCUGCUAUGGAUGAGAUCUCUGGUCAUAAGGAUGCUGAUGGCUCUGAAAAUACUGUGUUAAUCGAAGAGUACAUCGUUGACAAAAAGUGUGGUGUUUCUGUGUCAACUGAAGCUAAUAUAUGUACUCCCCCUUUACUUUCAGAAGUGAUUGAUAUUUCACAGGGGCAUGUAGCAACUUGUGAUGACGAUCAGGUUCACUCAUCAACUGAAGAUAAUAUGUGUACUGUUCAUUCAAAAUCAGAAGAAAUUGAUGUCCCAGAAGAACAUGGAACAACUUGUGACGAUGACCAUACUAAUUUGUCAACAGAAGCAGGUAUGCAUACUACUAAAGUUUCAGAAGACGGAAGGAUUUCAGAAGAACAUACAACAACUUCAGAUGACAAACAAAUUCAUUCAUCCGAUGUUCUGAAGUCAAGAGAAGGUACUUUUUGUGUUCCUCGUCCCAGUCAAGAAAUUGAAGCUGAGAUAAAUCUAAGCUGUGAACAAGAAACUGAUAGUCCAAUGUCUGUUCUUGACAUGACCUUCCCAGAUGAUCCUGCUAGUCCAGUGAAAUAUACAAUCCUGGAUGAUUCGUCGUUGAAGCCAAGAGUCCUCCAUUUAAGUGAUACCGAUGAUUCAGCUGAUAUGGAUCUCAAUACCAGCACUUCCAUGGAACUUUCAACUGCUGGCCUGGGUCACAAAAAUGUUCAAGAAAGUGACUCUGAUGAACUAAGCUCUCUCCAAGCAGAUCCAAAGAAUGAAGAUGGGUUGAUCUAUGUGAAGAAUAUAUUCAUGAAAUCAAGCUUCCGCAAUGAAGUACUAUUUGAUGAAUGGUGCUCACAGAACAUUACAGUUCUCCAAGAAGAGGAUUGCCAACACUACGAGGCUGCUGCCGCUGCAUUUGAUUUCACUGAGAUGUCAGCUGAUCAGCUACUUCUGUCUGACUUGACAAAUGAAGUGUUGCUCGACAUCUACAAGAAAUAUUCUGUUUCCAAGUCCUUGCUCUCCCGGUUUUCGUCUUUUGAUAGACCGAAACCUGUGGGAAACCAUGCCCUCAAGGAAUUGUGGUCUAAAGUAAGCUGCCAUCUGGAUGAACAGCCACAGUCCAGCAUAGAAAUUGACACAAUUUUGUCGAAUGAUCUAUCCAAGAACGAUCACUGGGUGAAUUUUCAGAGAGAUGCUGAUCACUUGGGGAACAUGUUGGCAGACUUUGUGUUUGACAGGCUUCUGACAGAGUUCACUCUUCAGCUUGCAAAGUUUUGAGCCUAGCUAGUUUUUUUAUUUUGCCCCUAAAAAUUUUGUUGGUUUAGCUGUUCUAUAUGGUGGAAUGCUAUUAUCCUCAUGUAUAUAUUAACAUUCUUUCUGUUCUCUCCUUGAAGAGAACAAGGUUUGGAGGGGUGGUUGUUACUUGUUAGGGCUUAGGAAUUCAAUUCAUGUGCUGAAAGGUUUUGAAAUUUAUAUAUUGAGUGGGGUUGAAGGAGCAA